AGGGCAGCAGUAGGACCGUGGCCCUAUUGUGGAGCAAAGAACUUCAAAAUAAAAAGAGAGUUUCAAACCAGCUCAUGCACAUAACAGACUGGUUACCGACUUUAUACACGGCUGCUGGAGGGGACGUUUCGCAAUUGACGGGUAUCGACGGGGUGGACAUGUGGGAUGCUAUUUCCCGCGACCUCCCGUCACCUCGCACGAGUCUGCUGCUCAAUAUCGACGACAGCAGUGGGUACUCGGCCCUGCGGUUGGGAAGAUACAAGUAUGUCAAUGGGAGCUUUCUGUUUGGAAACCUGGACACGUGGACCGAAAACCCGUGUACUGACGAGGACGAUCCUAGGUACGACACAGCAGCAGUUCUGAGUAGCUUGACGGCCGACGCUGUCGCAUCCUGCACGGCUCCAGCUACCAGACACGAUCUGGAGGAACUGCGAAUCCAAGCUACGGUCCGUUGCAAUGCUCCGGCCCUCAAGCCCUGCAGACCCUUACAGCAGCCCUGCGUCUUCGACGUCCUGUCAGAUCCUUGCGAGAGGCAAAACCUAUACCAGAAGAAUAGUGACACGCUGAAGCUUCUGGAGAUGACAAUGGCAGCCUAUAGGCGCACUGCGGUGAAGCCUAACAACAGGCGUUCUGACAAAUUUGCUGACCCAAAGUAUUGGAAUAACACGUGGACCUACUGGCAGGAUCUCCCAUUUCCUUUGAUCACAAAAGGACACGGAAAAUAACAUAGCAUUAUGCAAAAACUAGUUUUAAGUUUGUGUCUAAUUUCCCACAGCCAUUUUGUUCAGUAAUGGCGUAAAAUAUCUGACAUAUUCACAAGUAUUUUUUUAAAAGUAUGUGUGGACAUCCAUGUAUGUAUAUUUGUAUGUGUAUGUAUUUAUGUAUGUGCAUGCAUGUGUAUAUGCUAAUCUAAACUGUGUGCAAUUUCAGAUAGUCAACUUGUGACAAAGGUUCAGUCGACAUAAGUUCGGAUAUUUAUAAAUAAAAAGGUUUCUUCUUCUGUAUGAAUUUAGCAUCAGGACUACUGGACGAAACUUGAUUAAAUUUGAUAGGCGGCGUUUACAACAAGAUAACUGAAUUAAUUUCUUUUCAGUUCAUAUCGUGCCAACAUUACCUAUUAAUUUAAAAUAAGUUCAAAUACGACUUCACCUGAUUUUCCCAGAACGGUCCAUCCUAUAACAACAUUCGCUAUAUUAAACAUGAAUAUCAACAAGAUUACGUUUUAAGCACAGCUUCGUUAAUAGUUGAAGUGAGACUCAUGUGAAUUAGGAGUUAGAUCGAACUUAGAUCAAUUCUAAAGCUUUUACUGCAAACCGCCAACACAAAAUCUAAACCGAAAUGCGUUCAAUAGUUUUCAAAUUGACACGCAAAUAUUGCGGCAACCUUUUACGAAAGAGUUUCCGGGACCCCCGUGCAUGUGACUUAUUAAGCCCCCUGUAACGUCUGGACACCUGCGUGUGUACUGUAAGUUGAAUAACGGACAGUUUUAAUGUUUACGCACUCAUCAGAUGAUACGGAGAUCGAGGUGAAUACUCUAAAUCCAUAUCAAACACUGUAUCUGAUAAGACAUAAGUGUGCAUUUAACUAAUUAGCGCAGUGACUUAAUAAAAAUGCUUAUGUUUUGUCGUAAUUUUUUUCAGGGCUCGUUUAGGGGCCAACGUACGUCUGUCUGACCCCAAUCGCAUCGAUUUUUAAUAAAACAGGCAUUAUUUUGAA